AUGUUGGUCGCCAUGUUCGCAAGCUAUCUAGCAUUGCUGAUCUGCUUGCCGGUUGCUUCCAUAAGCAUUAGCGAACAAACGCCAUCCACUGGUUACGGAGUAGCAGAAAACUCGAUCACCUUCUCAUAUCUGGGGGAUACGAACAGCGGCGGCAUGAUCACUAAGAAGCGUUUGGAGAACAUUCAGGAAAAAAGGGACCCGGAUGUGGAAUGUGGAAGACCGCACCGAGGCGGAUACCACUGUAACUGGCUCCACGAUACGAAGGCAAAAUCCGGGAACAAAGGCACCGUUAGCUAUGUGGUACGCGCAGCAGAGUACAUUAUCGAUCUGAGAACGCUGUGUCUCUCUUGUGGGGAGGCCGACUUCUCCACCGAGCAAGCCCGUCAGAGCUGUGUAGACGCUUUCACCAAGUUGUCGCUGCGAGCGAUACCCUCUAAAGAAUUCAAAAUGUAG